AGCUCAUUGGCUUUCCAAGUUUUCAUAGAUUUUCACAUUUUCUUUAACUGUUUCUACUCGAAUGGUACUUUCACAUUUGCAAACUGAUCUUCUGUUCUAUAACAUAUAAGCACUGCACACUAAAUUGCUCAUUGUUCAGAGAUUACUGAGAACCAAAUGGUAUUUCAUUCGCUAGUGGAUAGAGUUUAGCACAAUACCUUAACAUCAUCACUGUAUAUUUUACUAAAGAGGACAUGAUUCUUGUCCCAUACAAAUGGAAUGGCUCCAGCGUGUUUUCUCUGCUUUGAAGACCAAGAUAUAUGCAAACUUAUAAUAAAAAAACAACUGUUGGCUUGAGUGAAAAUCACCUAGCUGUUCAAUUCAAAUAGAACGACUCAUAUUUGGUCAACUCAUAAUUACUUAUGCAGAGCUGAGCAGCAUAUUGACAUUCAGAAAUUAAUACAAAAGUCUUGGCCCUGAUAUGUCUGUAGCAUCCAGCUCCCUGGCUGCUACAGAAAACUUGAUACCUAUAAUAGAAUAAAAAAAUGUGAUGCUAGGAAUAUCGACUUAGAUAAGAUAUAUUCAACAAAGUUUUAAUUGGUGCAGUGCAGAGCUGCUAAUAUGUAAAAGUGGAAUGGAGGAUGGUCAACUGUGGUGUUUCAAGCUUGGCUCUUCUGUCAAUGGCCAAUAGCAUACCAUAUGCUCUCCUGUUAUGACCAAAUAUCAUAUCAGAACAUUCUUAUAGUUCUAAAUUUCAUCAUGUCAAACAUUUCUGGUCCAAAUGGUAUAAGUCCUUUCACUGUCUUGCUGACUUUCAACUUUGGCAAUUACAGUUUUAUAAUCCAGCAGCCACUAAUAAAAUAUGGAAAGAGAAGCAUACAAAACAAGAAUAAGAUGAGAGUGAUGGAUCUUUAAUUCAGGAAGCAAAUCCUUUCUCAGUUUGAUGAUAUGCAAUCAUGCCUUUUGCAGAAGGCCUGCUGAAUCUGUUGCUUCGGCUUCUUCUUCCUCUUCUGUCUCUACAGUUUUGCUAUUCUUUGGGCACGACCAUCACUUUUAACCAAUCCAUUAAAGAUGGUGACUUUCUCAUCUCUAAAAACAAGGCAUUUGUGCUCGGGUUCUUUAGUCCUGGCACAUCAAGCAACCGCUAUGUUGGUAUUUGGUAUAAGUUCUCACAAAACAAAGUUCUUUGGGUAGCUAACAGAGACAAUCCUGUCAAUGAUACCUCAGGAAUCCUCACUAUUAGUACUGAAGGAAAUCUCAUAUUACUUCAUAACAACAGUCAAGGCCUUCCUCUGUGGUCAACGAAUGUUUCUGUCACACCAGUAAGUAACAAUAGUACUAUGGUGCAGCUCCUGGAUUCAGGAAAUCUUGUCUUGGUUAAUCAGCUGAUCAACAACCAGAGUGGUAUCUUAUGGCAGAGCUUUGAUCAUCCUACACAUAUUCUUCUAGCAAACAUGAAAAUUGGGUUGGAACAGGGUAAGAACAUAGUUAUUACAUCCUGGAACUCGCAAAAUGACCCAGGAACUGGUAGUUGCUCAGUAAAGACAGAACCAAACGGGUCUCCUCAGAUAAUCUUGUACAAGAAUCUGGCCAAGUGGUGGCGGUCAGGUCACUGGGAUGGGCUUCACUGGAAUGGAUUCCCUAAUAUAAACAGGCAAAGCAAGAAUAAUUCGUUUGAUAUUGUAUUAGUGAACAACAAAGAUGAGGUUACUACAAAAUUCGCUGUUCUCGACCCUGCAGUUAUCCCAAUAAUAGAAAUUGACGGAUCUGGAUCACUCCAACUGCUAGCAUGGAAGGGACAGCAACAAGGGUGGGUCAAACUCUGGUCACCAACGGAAGUCUGUGACAAGUAUGGAACGUGUGGUCCAUUUGGUGUUUGUAAAGCAUACACUGAUAACUGGGUGAAAUGUGGAUGCUUUCCAGGAUAUGAACCCAACUACCCAGAGGAAUGGAGAUUAAGAGAAGGAUCAGGUGGAUGCAAGAGGCAGCAGGGGGCUCCAUCCAUGUGUAGGAAUAGAGAGGGGUUUGUAAAGAUACCAAACGUGAAGGUUCCAGAUACUUCCACAAUCAAAUUGGACAUCAAUUCGAGUAUGGAAGCAUGUGAGCAGAAGUGUUUGAAUAACUGCUCGUGCUUGGCUUAUGCCAGUGCAGAUGUGAGAAAUGGAGGCAGCGGAUGCAUGACAUGGUAUGGAGAUUUAAUGGAUACUACUCAGUUUGCUCAAGGACAAGGACAAGAUCUCUACAUACGCGCGGAUGCAAUAGUGUCAGCUAAGUACACAAAGAAGUCAAAGAGGUUCCUUGCCAAAAAGGGGAUGUGGUUGAUUUUGGUAUUCCCACCCAUUGCUAUGAUAUUCUUGAUCUUUUUUGGAUGUUGGUGUUUAAGGAGGAAGACAAAAGGCUAUCUAAGGGAAACGAAGCAAUAUGGAAGUACAACUCACAAAGACCUGGAAUAUUUUGACCUAAAGAGCAUACUUGUUGCCACUGACAAUUUCUCCACUGCUAACAAGCUAGGCGAAGGAGGAUUUGGCUCAGUGUAUAAGGGCCUACUAGCUAAUGGAGAGGAGAUUGCUGUGAAAAGAUUAUCAAAGAACUCCGGACAAGGUUUAGAACAGUUUAAAGCUGAGGUUAAGCUGAUAGCAAAACUUCAGCACAGGAACCUGGUCAGGCUUCUUGGUUGUUGCAUCAAUGCAGAAGAGAAGAUGUUGAUUUAUGAAUACUUGCCAAACAAGAGCUUGGACCUUUUCGUAUUUGAUAGAAGUAGAAGCUUGUCGAUAGACUGGAAAGACCGUUUUGACAUUAUAAAUGGAAUUGCUCGAGGGGUCUUAUAUCUCCAUCAAGACUCAAGAUUAAAAAUUAUCCACAGGGACAUAAAAGCUAGCAAUGUCUUAUUGGAUUCCACAAUGAACCCAAAGAUCUCAGAUUUUGGACUCGCUAAAAUGAUAGGGGAAGACCAAAUACAAGCAAAUACAAACAGAGUGAUUGGAACGUAUGGCUACAUGUCACCUGAAUAUGCAAUGGAAGGGCGAUAUUCAACAAAAUCUGAUGUUUUCAGCUUUGGUGUCUUACUGCUAGAGAUCAUCAGUGGCAAAAGGAACACUAACUACAAUCUUGAGAGCCCCUCCCCCAAUUUGAUUGGACAAAUUUGGGAUAUGUGGAGAGAGGGAGAAGCAUUGGGAAUAGUUGAUCCUUCUUUGAGUUCAUAUCCUGCUCAUGAGGUUUCAAGAUGCAUCCACAUCGGGCUACUAUGCGUGCAAGAAUCUACAACAGAUCGGCCAACAAUGUCGGAAGUAGUUUACAUGUUGUGCAAAGAAACACCUCUUACGUCUCCUAAGAAACCUGCAUUCAUAUUACAAUCCAGCAAUCCAAACUCAGAAGCACCAAGAAGAGGACCUUCUCUAAAUAAUGUAACAAUAACAAUGCUUGAAGCCCGCUAAAGCCGCAGGACAUAAAUCAUUCCCAAUCUUUUUUUUUUUCCUUCCAAUAAGUCUGCUGUACUUCAA